AGUAAGGUAUCCGUUCUCUCAUGGUGGGUCAGUCAAUGGCAGUGGUUGCCACCUGCAACCUGGACCAGUGGGCCCUCGAUUUCGACGGCAACGAGAAAAGAGUCAUCGAGAGCAUUCGUAUUGCUCACAACAAAAACGCAAAGUUCCGUACCGGUCCGGAAUUGGAGCUCUCCGGUUACGGAUGUGAGGAUCACUUCCUCGAGACGGACACAUUCCAGCACUGUUGGGAAUCCCUUGCACACAUCAUAACAGCUACCUCUGAUCUGGACAUGCUGAUGGACAUAGGGAUGCCGGCUCUAUUCAAGUCGACUGGUUACAACUGUAGAGUUUUCCUCUAUCGGGGACGCAUACUACUCGUGCGGCCCAAGAUGCUCCUAGCUGAUGAUGGCAACUACCGUGAGUCAAGGUGGUUCGCGCCGUGGCCUAUGGAGCGCGGUCUGGAGGAGAUGCUUGUCCCCGACGUGGUCCAAGAGGCCCUGCCGGCCGAUGUCCGUCAGCAGACAUGCCCCUUCGGGUUUGGAGUUGUACAACUAGCAGAUUGUGCUGUGGGUUGCGAGGCUUGUGAGGAGCUAUGGGCUCCUGAGAAUCCUCAUACGAUUAUGGCUCUUGAUGGCGUGGACAUUAUUGCCAAUGGUAGUGGAUCUCAUCACGAGUUGAGGAAACUGAAAAAGCGUCUGAAGUUGAUCGCCGGUGCUACGUCCAAGUCUGGCGGAGUAUAUCUAUAUGCCAACUCCAUGGGCUGUGAUGGUGGACGACUGUAUUUCGACGGUUCGUCAUUGAUCGCCGUGAAUGGCGAAGUUCGUGCGCAAGGGUCUCAGUUCGCCAUCAAAGAGGUUGAGGUCAUCACUGCUAAUGUUGAUCUUGAUGAGGUUCGCUCUUAUCGUGCUAGCAAGAAGUCACGAUGCACUCAAGCAGCAGCGUUGACGGGUUCAAGAGUGCCUCGAGUCGACUGUAGAGGCUUCCGUCUUUGCGAUCCGGCAAAUAGGUUCAUAUCGGCGAAUCUUCCUGUGAAACCGAUCGUCUGUGAUCCUAUGGAAGAGAUUGCUCGAGGUCCCGCGUGCUGGCUUUGGGAUUACCUACGUCGUAGUGGGGCUUCGGGGUUCUUCAUUCCUCUUUCGGGUGGAGCUGACAGCGCUAGUGUCCUGGCGAUAUGCGGUUCUAUGUGCCAGCUGGUCAUGGACAGGCUCAUCGAGGGGGAUAAGCAAGUUGAGGCGGACGUGAAGCGAAUUACUGCAUCUGAGGUUCUCCCCAAGACCUCUCAAGAGCUCGCCAACUGCAUUAUUCAUACCGCAUAUUUGGCAUCGAAAAACUCAGGGGAAGCUACUCGUAACUUAGCCGAGAGGAUCGCCCAGCAGGUUGGUAGCUAUCACAAAUUUGUGAUGAUCGACAAAAUUUGCGAUGCUGUUGAGGAGGCCUUCACGGACUAUGUCAUCACUAAUGAAGAUGGAAAAGUCGAUGAGGAGCUGAAACCGAGAUAUCUGUCUCAGGGAGGCACUCGUACGACGGACCUGGCACUGCAGAACAUCCAAGCUCGAAGUCGGAUGGUGAUGUCGUUCAUGCUGGCGCAGCUACUCCCUCAUGCUAGGAGGCGAGGAGGCUAUUUACUCGUCCUCUCGACUGGUAAUGUCGAUGAGGCACUUCGUGGUUAUUUGACGAAGUACGACUGCUCCUCGGGUGAUAUUAAUCCCAUAGGCAGCAUUUCUAAGGGAGAUCUCAAGUCAUUCCUGGUCUGGGCAUCAACCAAUUUGGGAUACCCAGCGCUCGCCGAGAUCGUCCAAGCACCUCCAACGGCAGAGCUGCGACCAACAGUCGAGGGAGAACCGGCACAACUCGACGAAGUCGAUAUGGGCAUGACCUACAAUGAGCUUGGUUGGUUCGGCCGGCUUCGGAAGAUGGAGCGCUGCGGUCCGGUGCAAAUGUUCCACAAACUUCGGAUUAUGUGGGGUGAAAGCCGUAAUGAGAGUGCAGAUGAAGUCGCAAACAAGGUGAAACACUUCUUCAACUGUUACUGCAGGAAUAGGCAUAAGUGCACUGUAUUGACUCCCUCGUAUCACGCUGAAGCAUACUCUCCGGAUGAUAAUAGAUUCGAUUUGAGGCCGUUCUUGUAUCCUCCGAUGACGCGCCAGUUCAGGGAUAUCGACACUGAGCUUGCGCAGCGUAGACCCAGUGAGGUCCAUAAAUGAUGAGC